CAUCACCGAACGCAAAGUUGCAGAUGUGUCUCAGCCCAAGCAGGAACAGGAGUCUGGGCCAGGCCAAAGGCAUCUUCUAAGCAUUACACAAGAAACUCUUGAAAUGCCAGCGGAGGAGCAAGAGGAACCGCAAGAGGAGACCCUGGCAAGGCCAGGCAAGCCCCAAUUCCGGAACUUGUCAGCUCCCUUCUCAGAUAUGAAGGACCUCAUGUUGAGGGACCUGGACGAGCUGUUCCUCGCUUCAGAUUGCCGGCAGUUCAAUCGUACUGAAUCGCUCCGGUUGGCAGAUGAGCUUAGCGGCUGGGUCCGGCGGCACCAGAACAACCGGAGGAAACCCUUACAAGCUCGCAAAGCAGCUCAGAGCAGCCAGGAGAAGCCGCAGAAGAAGCCUCCGAGCCCUUCCCGCUAUGUUCCAGCCAGCCCCCCCAAAUACCCCGAGGGGGAUUCUCUGAGACAGUUACAGGUGUAUCAGCAUCCCGACCAUACAGAGCAUGACUUCAUGGAUGCCAUUGACCGCCGAGAGGAUACUUUUUACGUUGUGUCUUUCCGUCGGGACCACUUGCUGCUGCCUGCCAUCAGCCACAACAAGACCUCCCGCCCUAAAAUGUCCCUGGUGAUGCCCGCCAUGGCUCUGAACGAGAGCCUCUACGGCUCCUCCCUGGGCUACGAAGUCAUGAUGCAGGUCGACUGCGAGGUCAUGGACACCCGGGUCAUCCACAUCAAGAGCUCCACGGUGCCCCCUUUCCUGAGACGCCAGGGCACCCCGUCCGACAACCACACCCAGCCGUCCCCGCCUGCCUUUGCUGGGAAAACUCCCCGUACAACUUUGCGGUCUCCUCGCUCUACUUUGUCCACAGCUCGGCGGCAUUCCCAUCGCACCCUGUACUUUGGGGAGCAUGGAGGGGGCUAGUUGGAAUCUGGGAAAAG